AUGAAAUAUUAUAAACUCAAACAAAAGAAAAGAGCUUUGAGCUCUAGAAUGAAUGGUAAUGAUCACAUUUCUGGAAUGUUUUCAUAUAGUUCAAAUAGUGAAGAUAAAAAUAAACCAUCUGGCAAAAUUGGAGAUACAACCGAUGAAAGCGGAAUAGAAACUGACAUUUCGAAUGAUUCGACAAUUUUUAUGUUAUUGAAUAACACUGAGAAAAAACCUUCAAGCGAAAUACCAAAUUCAUUUGCCAACAUUCUUCAGCAUUUAAAUCAAAAUAAGCAAGUUAGAAAAGAUCCUGGAAAUUUGAAGCAGGCCAUUAAAAUUCAAAAAGACGGAUUAGCCAUGCCGAUAGAUUGGUCAUUAAAAAAUAAACUUAGAAUCAUGUCGCCAAAAUCUUUUUCCUGUAGUGCAUCAUUAAAAACAUGCGAAGAGGCUUGCAGCAUAACUGGUUUUAUUAGAUGUCUUGAUGCAUGCGAUAGUGAAAAAAUUUUGGGAAGAAAUACUCAAGUUGAUGUUACCAAUAAUGCUAAAUUUCAUCAGUGUUGCUUAUACUGGCAGCAUCCUAACAUACCUUGGUUAUCUUUAUUUCCGAGGAUCAGUUAUGAAAAAGUCAAUUCGAAUUUAUUAUCAGCACAACUUUCGAUGACUCAAUCUCUCAUCACAGAAUGGACGAGUGCAUUUAAAUCUUUGUAUCAGCUUGUUCGAGUCAACAAGUGUCCUUAUUUUUAUGUGAUUGCAAAUCAUUUUUACUGCUUGUUUCGAGCAGCCGGUAUGGCAGGAAUUCCAGAAAUUCACGCAAUGAUAACUCCCACAACAAGAGGAUUUAGAAAAUUAUUAGAUGACGAAGGUAUAACAUAUACGAUGCCAUUAAAAAAAAGAAAAAGUGUCGGAGAAAAUAAAAAUAAUUUGGAAAGUAUAACGAUAAAUGAAAACGAAGAGCUUUCCGGAGACGAAGACUGGCUCGAAUCGUUAGAGGUUGAUGCUCAACAAAUUAAAAUACUUACCAAGUCACAGAAAAGCAUAGAUCAUGCUAAGGAGAGAUUAAUUGACGGUUCUGACGAAUCGUUGGUACUCGUGCAAGGAAUGGAAAUUCAAUCGUUUUUUAACGUUUUGGUUAAUUGUAAAAGUUGCAUAGCAAAUACAGGGCCGUAUACGGGUAUUCCACCGACGCUACUUGCUCCCACUGGAUUUUUACACGGUACCCUUAAAUCUUGCAAGAUUCGGGAUUCGAUGGUGCAAGUUGACGGGAAUGUUUUUCAUUCGAUACAAGUUGACGGACCCGUUUUGCCUCACGGAUUGAGACAAAUGGCGAAUUUAUUAAAUAGCGAUAAAAUUCAAUAUUCCAUAUCCGUAUCGUCUUUUAAACAAAUGUCUGGAUUCACGCAAACUUCAAAAUUGUGUCAAGACACAGAUGAACUCAAAAAAACAUCGUCAGUUUUUUUUAUUGAAAAUUUAGGAGAAUGUGGUUUGCCGGAAAAUUUAUUAAAAGUUUUUUGCGAUUCGAAUCCGGAAAUGGUGAAGGAUCGUGAUUUGGCGGAUUUUCGAGUCCCGGGAAAACUCAUCAUCCCAUUGUAUAUACGUAUGUUGGACAAAAAGUUGAUAAGUAGGUUCGAAAGAAAAGAUAAAUUUGGAUAA